CCGCCGCGCCUCCAACUCCUCGCCGCAACCGCACCUGUCUCUGCCUGCUCCUGCUUUCAUUCAUUCACUCGCAAGAAGAACAAGAACAAGAGGAGAGCUCCGCAAUCGCAUAGCAUCCCGGCUCAAAGAAGAUUCGGUUGGAGUUUGGAUUGUUUGUCUCUGCAAAUUGCAAUGGCUGCCGCUGCUGCUCCGUCAGUGUCCCCCUCCCCGUCCCCGGCGACGGCGCCGGCGCCGAAGGUCGUGUCGCCCAAGGCCGGCGACAGGAAGGUGGUGCCGGUGGACGCUGUGGAGGUGGAGCUCAAGCUGGAGCUGGAGGAGAAGCACGUGCUGGCGGUGGACGACAGCUCCGUCGACCGCGCCGUCAUCGCCAAGAUCCUCCGCAGCUCCAAGUACAGAGUGACCACCGUGGAAUCGGCGACGCGUGCUCUGGAGCUGCUCGCGCUGGGUCUGCUCCCCGACGUGAACAUGAUCAUCACGGACUACUGGAUGCCAGGGAUGACCGGCUACGAGCUCCUCAAGCACGUCAAGGAGUCGUCGGAGCUGAGGGAGAUCCCGGUCGUGAUCAUGUCGUCGGAGAACGUGCCCACCCGCAUCACCCGCUGCCUGGAGGAGGGCGCCGAGGACUUCCUCCUCAAGCCCGUCCGCCCCUCCGACGUGUCCCGCCUCUGCAGCCGGAUCAGAUGAUCUGGUCACCCAGCCAGCCAUCCAUGCCGGCGCAUCGGCUGCCGCAUGGACUGGUUGCGUACUCUUAGGAGUUAGUAGGAUCCAUUUUUUGUUCUUUCUUUUCCCCAUUUUUUCCCUUCUUUCUUGGACAUAGAUCUGCUGCUGCUGCCGCCUCAAACAAGAAUCUAACUUUUGGGGCCUAGGGAGACUUUUAGAUUUAGGAACGAAGUUAAAUUAGGAAUGGGGGAUGGAGCAGAGCAUUUGCUCUUGUUCUUUUCCCUGUGAUGAUCUUCUGCUGCAAAAGAUGCCCCCCAGGCAUGCAAAAAAAAAAAAGAAAAAAGAAAAGAACCCCUGUCCAUGGUCCUCACUGAUCACAUCUGUUGAAAAGAAAUGGCAUCCGUGCAAACCUGUUAACCGUUUCAAGAUCA